AAAUUCACUCCUUCCGAUCUCCAUUUUCCUUCCCAUUCCACACCUCCAGCCAGCGAUAACUUGGAGUCUUUACUCUACAGAUGGCCUCGGCAGAGGUGAUAAGUAUUGGCGAGAGCAAGGCGGCGGUGAUUGCAAGGAUUCGGAACCUUGACGCCACGGCAUGGGGAAUACUGUGGGAGAGCGCGGCGGCGGCGGACGCGGAGGAGGGGGAGGCGCUGGAGCGAGUGCCGCACAGCGCGCCCUUCUCCCUCUCGAGCCCCCUCGCCGGGCCCGCGGGGGCGGUUAGCGGAAGGCGCAGCUGGGCCUGGCGCGACAAGGUGAAGUCGCUUGGAAGACAAUGGCUCCCGCGUCGCGGCAGCUGCGACGAUUUGAGUGGCACGACUACAGGUGCGGUGACGCCCGCUAAGCGAGCGAAGUCGUUUCCGGAGAAGGGGGAGCACGGCACUGAGAGAGACUCGCGGGGCGCGCGAUCGCACGCGGACAGGCGGGGCGCGUGGCGGAGCGUUUACGAGCCGAGGUGGCUGGAGGAGGGGUUGGGGGAAGCCUGUGGAGGCGAUGAGCGGCCAAAGAGCGCAAGCCAGAGUCGAGGCGAACUGAGAGCGCGCGAGGGCACGGCGCAACGAACGGCGGACGCUGUGCGCGCGGAGGCUGUGGCGGGCGCGGGGAGGUCGGCGAGAAGAGGCUCGCAGCUGCAGCGGCACAACUCGCUUCCCUGCUCGUGCGAGUCGCAGAAGAUUUCGCCAGCUCUACUGCGACGCCCGUCGGCAAUGCCCGGCGAUAGCAGCGCUGAGCGCUCCGCGCGUUCGGUCGCGGCGGGAGCGCAUGACCGCCCGACGUCAGCGACUUCAUCGUCGCAGCACCGGCGCACCCCGUCGCUGCUCGUCAUUCCACCGUUCCUCCCCUCCUGCCUCCCCUCGCCCUCCCCCGUCGCCGCUCCCUGCCGCACUGCCCCCUCCACGCCGCCACCGCCCACCUUCACGCCCCGUGGUGACCCCUCCAGCACCCCAUCGGAGCACAGCCCCAGCUGCUCGCCUGCCGCUUCCGCUGGCAGCAGCGGCGGGCAGUGGAGCAGCGCGGCACAGCGGGCGGAUGCGCGCGCGAUAAUGGAGUCGCGGAAGGGUUCGAUUGAACGGUGGAGCCCUCCCAGCAGCGCGACCACAGACGGCAGUCCAUCGAGUGGGAAAUGGCGGUCCGCCGAAAGGGGCUGGUGCCAAAACAUUCUGAACGCCUUGAGCAGUCCGAGAGGAGGCAGGUGAAGGACGCAUAGGGUGCUGCUCUCGCCGUCGAUCGAAAUAAAUUGGGUGAUGCUGGUUCUGACGAAUCUCGCAAGUUCGCUGUUCCGUGGAAAACAGCAAGUACCCACGAAAUAAACGAAUCUAGAAGUAACGAGGAUAAUUUAUGGUGGAGCUGUUUGCCUAGAGAUGUUAUGUACAUUCACAACUCUGUACAUGAAUAUAUUGGUCAUUGUAAACGCAAUUAAAUGCGUAAUUUGCA